AUGACCGAUCAUCUGGAUCUCGGGAUCCGCAUCUCGACCUCUCCGGAACACGAGGGUUACACUGUCAGGGCUCGAUUUCGCAGCAAGGAAGAAGAAGAAGAAGAAACAAUGAUUUCCCGCGCGGUGGUGGCGCAGCGCUUGGCACCAUGGAAGCGCAACCACAGCCUCGGGACGGGCGCGCCUCUCGCACCCAUGUUCAUGCACCUCUCUCUCUACGGCCACAGAGCGCGCGACAUGAGCACUCCUUCAGUCGGCCUCGCCCCAGGCCGGGCGGGCGCGCUCGUACUCGCCCAAGCAACCAAAUAUUGA